GAUCCAGGAAGUGCGGGGCGCUGUUUUUGUCCCACUGCUGUUCUCUGUUCGCCAUAAACCCGAGUCUGUUCAGCGGGCCGACAUGGCGACGUUUAUUUCUGUCCCGUUAAAGAAGUCCUCGGAGGUGGACCUGGUGAAACCGCUGUCCAAAUUCGUCGGCUCUGCUUACCCGGCGGGAGAGGAGCAGGCGGAGUACCUGCGGGCGGUGGAGGAGCUCAACAAGCUCCGCAAGAGCGCGCUGGGGAGGCCGCUGGACAAACACGAGAGCUCGCUGGAGAUCCUCCUACGGUACUAUGAUCAGCUGUGUGCCGUUGAGCCGAAAUUUCCUUUCCCCGAGCUGUGUCUGACGUUCACAUGGAAAGAUGCGUUUGAUAAAGGAUCUCUGUUUGGUGGCUCGGUUAAGCUCGCCUUGGCCAGUCUCGGCUAUGAGAAGACCUGUGUGUUGUUUAAUAUUGGAGCUCUGGCCAGUCAGAUCGCCUCAGAGCAGAACCUGGACAAUGACGAGGGACUGAAGUCAGCUGCCAAGUUUUACCAGCUGGCGAGUGGUGCUUUUGCUCACAUCAAGGACACAGUGCUGUCUGCUCUGAAUCGGGAACCCACCAUGGAUAUUUCUCCAGAGACCGUGGGCACACUCAGUCAGAUCAUGCUCAGCCAGGCACAGGAGGUUUUUGUGAUGAAAGCCACUGCAGACAAAAUGAAGGAUGCAAUUGUAGCUAAAUUGGCCAAUCAGGCUGCAGAUUUCUACGGUGAUGCUUUCAAGCAGUGCCAGUAUAAAGAGAACCUGCCCAAGUAUUUUUAUUUCCAGGAAGUGCUUCCAGUCCUGGCUGCCAAGCACUGCAUGAUGCAGGCCACUGCGGAGCUCCACCAGUCAGCGCUGGCCAAUCAGAAGAAGCGGUUUGGUGAGGAGAUUGCCCGUCUUCAGCAUGCCACAGAGCUGGUUAAGACUGUGGCGUCCCGCUACGAUGAAUAUGUAAACGUAAAGGAUCUUUCUGAAAAGAUCAACCGUGCUCUCACAGCUGCUAAGAAAGACAACGACUUUAUCUACCAUGAUCGUGUCCCUGAAGUUAAGGACCUGGAGCAUAUUGGCAAGGCAGCACUCGUCAAGACAACCAGCAUUCAAGUACCUCUUAGUCAGAAGUUCACAGACCUUUUUGAGAAGAUGGUGCCUAUGGAAGUGCAACAGUCUUUGAGUCUGUCCAACUCCAGGAGGGCUGAUACAGUUAACAGACUUGUGGGCAGCCUGAGAGAGGCAACCAACCUCUGCAAUGGGGUGCUGGCCUCUCUGAACCUGCCGGCAGCACUGGAGGAUCUGUCUGGAGAUUCAGUCCCACAGUCCAUCCUGGAGAAGAGUCGUGCUGUAGUCCAGCAGGGAGGACUUCACAGCAUUGAGCAGCUCAUCAAAGAUCUGCCGGAACUACUUCAGAGAAACCGUGAGAUCCUGGAUGAGUCGCUGAAGAUGCUGGAUGAUGAGGAGACAACAGACAAUGAACUCAGAACCAAAUUCAGCCAACGGUGGAACAGAACUCCAUCUGGAGACUUAUACAAACCACUCAGAGCAGAGGGUGGUAAUUUCCGCAGUGUGCUGGAUAAGGCUGUGCAGGCUGACCAGGUGGUACGGGAGCGCUAUAACUCUCACUGUGAGAUGAUUGCUUUACUCUGCAAGCCAGAGAAUGAGCUCUGUGCUGCCAUUCCUUCAGCCAAUCCUGCCAAGACUCUGCAGGGCAGCGAGGUGGUAAAUGUGCUGAAGGCUCAGCUGGGUCAGCUGGAUGCGAUCAAACGAGAGCGUGAGGUUCUGGAAGGAGAGAUAAAGUCUGUGACCUUCGACAUGACAGCAAAGUUCUUAACUGCAUUGGCUCAGGACGGAGCAAUUAACGAAGAAGCCCUUUCUGCUGCAGAACUGGACUCGCGCUAUGGCUCUCACACGCAGCGCGUCCAGCAGAAUCUACGUGCACAGGAAGACCUGCUGGGCCAAGUGCAGACAUCCCAUCAGGAGUUUGCGGCCUUGAAGCAGUCCAAUGCUGAGGCUAACGACAGAGAGGAGAUGCUGAAGAAACUGGCCUCAGCUCAUGACAGUUACAUUGAGAUUACCUCCAACCUUAAAGAGGGCACUAAGUUCUACAAUGAUUUGACUGAAAUCCUUCUGAAGUUCCAGAACAAGUGUAGUGACAUUGUUUUUGCCCGCAAGACUGAGAGAGAUGAACUUCUCAAGGAAUUGCAGCAGAGUAUCGCUCGUGAGCCUAGCGCACCUUCUUUCAGUGUCCCUGCAUACCAGUCCAACACCUCCACACCUGCAGCAGGAGGCCCCACCCCUGCCCCCAGGACCAUGUUUCCAGUGCAGCCCCAGCCUAAAGCCCAGCCUCCAGCAAGACCUCCACCACCAUCCUUCACUCCACAGGCAGCCAGCAGCACCCCCGGUCAAGCACCUGCCAGCCAGGUCCCACCACCUGCCAGCUCCAACCCACCACCUAUGGCACCAACUUCUGCACCCUCACAGGCUCAAGGACCACCCUACCCAUCUUAUCAGGGUUACCCAGGGUACUAUCAGAUGCCGAUGGCGUAUAAUCCCUAUGCCUAUGGCUAUAACAUGCCCUAUAUGCACUAUCAGGGCCAGGCCCAAGCUGGAUAUCCUGGAGCUCCACCUGCCCAGCAGACAUACCCCUACCCCCAGCAGCCACCUCAGCAACAGCCAUACUACCCCCAGCAGUAGACUAUAAUUACUGACAAAACCUUCCCCAGCUACAGCCAUGCUGCCCCCUGUAUACUAGCACUCCUUUCUCUUACUCAUAAUCUCUAACACCUCCACUCCUUUUCUUUGUCUUUAACACUUCACCUCCUGUGGGCAGAUAUUACAACACUAGAUGGACCAAUGGGAUUUGCCCUCACAUUCGAAGCCUCAGAGGGAAGCUCUCUGCUCUGGUUUGGAUCUCUCUCUCUCUUUCUCUCUCUCUCUCUUUCUCACGCUGAUUAUCUCACUCACACCCAAAGUCAAGCUGCUGGCUGGCUGCCUGCCGCUGCGUAUAUCUUAUUUUUGUAAUGAAUACUGAAUAUAUACUCUAAUGCAGGAUAUGUAGAUGUUUUCUUACCCAGAAGAUGCAGAUAAUUGUUGGGAGAAAAAAAUACUGUAACUCUUUCACUAUACCUCUGUCUGUACAUCUGUCAAUCAGCGCUUAGGGAAUGGAUCAGUUUAAUGGACUAUUGAAUAAUGCAAUGCAUCUGUCACCUUAAAAACUACUUUGCAUUUUUGUUUCUCUUUUGUUCUUAUGUGAUUAAAACCUGUCUGAUGCUGAAAUAA